GUUCCAUCAUCUCUACCACGCAUGUGUUGUAGUGUGCUGCAGCGACGAGCAUCAGAUCGGCUUUCACACAAUUCAUCCGCAUCCACACUUUUCCCAGUUAUACAGGACCCGGAUUGAUCGCAUUUAUCUUUUGCAUGUAUUUCCAGUCGUCUGCCAAUAUUUCAAUACAGCAGGAAACUCGCCUUCAUUAGGUGUGUGUGCGUGUUUUGUUGUUUUUGUGACGGCUUGUAUUGCAUCGCAUCGCAGCCACGGCUCUGAGACGCCAAAGCCAGCGCGAUCUGCUAUGUGUAACAGCGAGGAAAGGCAGUGAAUACAGGGGACACAAUCUAUCUGUGUGAAGAGAGAGCAAGAUGGUGAUCAUGGCUUCUUUUCAUUUUUCCACUAAAUGCCUGAAUGCGAUGGCCAUCCCUGCGAUCACACUCAAGCUAUUUCUGUGGGCUUUUCUAAUCGCCUAUCUUCCUUUGAGAUCUCUUCAGCUGGAAAGUGAUGAUGACGAAGUGACAAACAAAACAUGGGUUCUGACCCCCAAAGUGUAUGAGAGUGACGUCACACAUAUUUUGAACAGCUUACUAGAUGGCUAUGAUAACAAGCUGCGGCCAGACAUUGGAGUCAAACCAACCGUGAUCCAUACAGACAUGUUUGUCAACAGUAUUGGCCCAGUAAAUGCCAUCAACAUGGAGUAUACUAUUGACAUCUUCUUCGCCCAGACGUGGUAUGACAGGCGGUUGAAGUUCAACAGCACCAUGAAAGUUCUACGUCUCAACAGCAACAUGGUAGGAAAAAUCUGGAUCCCUGACACAUUUUUCCGCAACUCCAAGAAGGCAGAUGCCCAUUGGAUCACCACACCCAAUCGGAUGCUUCGGAUAUGGAACGAUGGGCGGAUACUGUAUACUUUAAGGUUGACCAUUGAUGCAGAGUGCCAGCUUAAACUGAAUAACUUUCCAAUGGAUGAACAUUCAUGUCCCCUGGAGUUCUCAAGCUAUGGCUACCCCAAGGAGGAGAUUGUAUACAAGUGGAAACGCAGCUCCGUGGAAGUUGGAGACAUCCGCUCCUGGCGUCUUUACCAAUUCUCCUUUGUUGGCCUGAGAAAUACCACAGAGGUUGUCAGGACUGUGUCAGGAGAUUAUGUGGUUCUGACAGUCUUCUUUGACUUGAGCAGAAGAAUGGGUUAUUUCACCAUCCAGACGUAUAUCCCCUGUACCUUGAUCGUUGUCCUGUCAUGGGUUUCAUUCUGGAUCAACAAGGAUGCAGUGCCAGCCAGAACCUCCUUGGGAAUCACAACUGUACUUACCAUGACCACUUUGAGUACCAUUGCUAGGAAGUCCUUACCCAAAGUGUCGUACGUCACAGCUAUGGACCUCUUCGUAUCGGUGUGCUUCAUCUUUGUUUUCGCCGCUCUAAUUGAGUAUGGAACUCUCCACUACUUUGUGAGCAACCGCAAGCCCAGCAAAAACAAAGACAAGAAGAGGAAAAAUCCUCUCCUGCGGCUCUUUUCCUCAAAGGCCCCCACUGUGGACAUCCGCCCGCGCUCAGCCACCGCCAUCCAGAUGAACAACGCCACCCACAUGCAGGAGCGGGACGAGGAAUACGGUUAUGAAUGUCUGGAUGGGAAGGACUGCACCAGCUUCUUCUGCUGCUUUGAGGACUGUCGCUCAGGAGCAUGGCGGCACGGCCGUUUACACAUCCGUGUUGCUAAGAUAGACUCUUAUGCCCGCAUUUUCUUUCCUACUGCAUUUGGUCUAUUCAAUGUAGUUUACUGGUUUUCCUAUCUCUAUCUUUAAAAUAUAUACAUAUAUAUAGGCCUAUAUAAAGGCUGGCCUUAUUUUAUGUUACAGAUUCCAGCAAGACCCUUUCUUGGAAAUGGGAACCCACUGAAAACAUUAAGUUGCAUUGUGUUGUUGUUGUUGUUUUUCCGGUCUAUGUUAUGUGCAAUUUUUUUAAACUUAUUUAUUUAUUUAUUAUUAGUUUGUUUUACAGUUUACGAUUUUUUGUGCAUUCAUGUAAUAUGUGAAUUGUUGGUUUGUCUAUGUUUACAUCUUUUUUUCUAGAAAGUAUAUCUUGUGCAUAAAGCAAAAGUUGUAGCAAAAAAAAGAAAAAAAGAAAAAAAAAAAGAAACCGAAGGGGCAGAGAGUGGAAACCUGCAUCUGUAAGAUUUUUCAUCCAGAAUUGGUUGGGCAAAAAGCAGAAAAUAUGAGUACUGCAUGCCUACAUGCUCUUUUAGGCCCCUUAAGAGUAAGCACUAACGAGAUUUUGAGACACUUUAUCCAAAUGCAUGGCUGUCAGGCCUAUAUGAGGUAAAAGCAAUCAAUCAAGUAUUAACAAAUGUGUCCAAUAGCAUUUUAUUAUUUGUGCAUUCUAAAGAUCAAAUGUAAAAAUGUAAGUGUUUGAAAAGAGUUUUUUUCAUGCGUGGUCACGGCUGGUAAAAUGUUUGGUCACCUGUACAAAUGUUGUAAAUAAUGAAUACUGUAUAAUGCAUGCACCUUUUAGGCCAAAAUUAGCAAAAGUCUUUUAUUAUUAUCAUCAACUGAUAAAAGGCAAAAAAAAAAAAAAAAAAAAGGUCAGGAAAGCUUAACUUGAACAGUACAGCUACAUUUAUCAUUUAUGGCCACUUCUAGAUGUCUGUCAUUUAUAAAUGCACAAUGAUAUUGUUAUAUGUAAAAGUACUGUUUUCAAUUUUUGCAUCCUUUUGGGUAUCAGUAUGAGCCUCCUAUCCAUCCGUGGAUAGCUGUGGUAUAUACCCACAGAAUAAAUAUUAACCAGAAGUUAGUCCAGCUCAUCUUUCAGUUUAUGGGGUGAGUAUACUGUAGUCUACUAUAGUCAUAUUCUUUCCCUGUUACUAUUAUUAUUAUUAUUAUUUUGUUUUGGUUAACAAAAUUAACUAUAGAACUAAGAUGGUAUAAAACAAAGUUUUCCUUUACUAGCACUGUCUUAGGUUUUCCAGAAACAAUGUCAAACAAACUGCAAAAUGUCUACAAGCAUUUUUUUUUUUUUUUUCAUGUAUUCAUUUAUGUUGUAAAUUAAUAAAUUGGGCUUAAACGUAGGAUGACAUUUCAGUUAAAGAAAAAACUUAUUUCACUGAAUUUAGUAGAUAAUCUGUAGAUUGAUACGUUACUGUGUGUUAUUUGUUGCAGUUAGCAAAUGACAUGCAUGCAUGUAUUAAAUAGUAUCUUUAUAACAUUAACAUGCAUACAUGGGAAACAAAUAAAUUCCAAUAUCAUUAAUAAAAUGUAAAAUAUGUAAGCACAACCCACUUUCUAUUUUAAUAAACCAUUAACUUCAGAAAUCUCACCCCAGAUUGAUAACUAUGCUUCUGAGUACAUAAAUUUGGUGUUGGGCACCGUUUAAGCAUUAUCACGGGGAAAAAAAGAAGAAGAAAAAUAAAUAUAUAUAUAAACACCAAAACUAAUGCAACUAAAAACACUGUGGACAAAAAUCUCAGAAUUGCCAAAGUGUUGGGGUAUAAUCAGAUGUUUAGAUAAUUGUGUUUUUCACUGCUGCAUUAAAAAUUACAAUUUAGUUUUUCUUCCAAAUAACUGAACAUGAGCAACUGUUUGGUAGCAAAAAUAACAGAUAAACAAACAUUUCUGGUUACAUACAGUAAUAUAUACAGUUUGAUUUCCAAUCCCUAUGCAUUUUUGACCUUCCAGCUGAACAAACCAGCACACUGUAUGGUUUUGUAUUUUGUGGAUAUAUAUGCAUCUAGAUAGCUCUGAAUCUUACACGUGGGCAUGUUUAAUUUUUGAUUAGUUUAUACUCAUUAAAAUUAGGUGUCAGGAAUAUCUUGAGAAAUAUGAACACUAUUAUCAACCCUUUACAGAAUCGGUUUGCUGUUUGUGUGCCAUCUACACUCAUAUCAGAAAUCUAAUCACUUUGCUCCUAAUAUUUUCACCUAGCCAUAAGAAAUGUACUGUUUAUUAUUUACUGUAGAUUGACAUGGAUGUCGUGGUGUAAGAGGAGCUGUGGAACAGAGGAAGCUCCAGUCUCUUGCAGAUGGGUUCAAGAUAAUAAUGCAGGCAUACACUGAGAUAUGAAGCUUUACUGUCUUUUAUUUGCCAGAGCUUAUGUGGUUAGGAACACCAUGCAUUACAGCUUGCUUCACACGUGUCACUCUUGUUUACACACUCUCUCUCUUGCACAUGCUUCUCCCACACGUACAACAACCACGCAUGCGUUUGCGUGCCAGUUCCCCAUCCUUAUCAAUAACAUCAGUUACAUCACUCAGAAGUACAUCCAUGAACAAUAACCAAAUUACACAAUAUACAUAAACAUAAAAAAAAAAAUCAUACAAAUAUAAAUCUCACAUUUCCCCCCUUAGAAAAAAAUGUCCUCAUUUCAGAUAUACAGAGAACAAAUAAAUCUCACAUUUUGAAAUGUCACAGAGUAAGACAUAUAAGAGAUAUAUAACAUACCUUAACAAGCCAAAUCAAACAGCUUGUAACCAUUGUACAAAAUAAACAUGUUUUCAUCA